UCUGCUUGCACUUUGCAAAAUGGUGACAAGAUGGCAAGUGUCCUAGUACGUUGUUUGCAGAUUCCGAGGAGACAAUUGGGUCUCCUCGGAACUAGUUUGGGCAACCAGCAGCAGAGAACGCUCGCCGAUGCCGCUCCGGAAGGAAAAGAACAAGGAUCGCCCCUGUCCGAUCAGGAUCGCAUCUUUACAAACCUGUACGGCAGGCAUGAUUGGCGGUUGAAAGGUGCUUUGAGCCGUGGCGAUUGGUACAAGACCAAGGAGAUACUGGAUAAAGGUGCCGAUUGGAUCAUCAAUGAGAUCAAGACUUCUGGUCUGAGAGGCCGUGGUGGAGCCGGUUUUCCUUCCGGAAUGAAAUGGUCCUUCAUGAAUAAGCCGCCAGAUGGUAGACCCAAGUAUCUGGUGAUCAAUGGCGAUGAGGGUGAACCGGGAACGUGUAAGGAUCGCGAGAUCCUACGUCAUGAUCCGCACAAGCUCGUGGAAGGCUGCUUGGUUGCCGGACGUGCUAUGGGUGCCUGUGCCGCUUACAUUUAUAUACGCGGUGAAUUUUAUAACGAGGCGUCCAAUAUGCAAGUUGCCAUAGCUGAAGCUUAUCAGGCUGGUUUAAUCGGGAAGAAUGCCUGCGGCUCUGGAUACGAUUUCGACAUAUUUGUAGUGCGAGGAGCGGGUGCGUAUAUUUGCGGCGAAGAAACUGCUCUUAUCGAAUCCAUUGAGGGGAAACAGGGCAAACCAAGGCUAAAACCACCCUUCCCGGCUGAUAUCGGUGUGUUUGGAUGCCCCACGACUGUCACUAACGUCGAAACUGUAGCAGUGUCGCCUACAAUUUGUCGCCGAGGUGCAACAUGGUUUGCCUCAUUUGGACGUCCACGAAAUCACGGAACUAAGCUCUUCAAUAUCUCUGGACAUGUAAACAAUCCCUGUACUGUCGAAGAAGAAAUGUCCAUUCCUCUGAGGGAGCUCAUUGACAGACAUGCAGGAGGUGUAAUUGGGGGCUGGGAUAAUUUAUUAGGUGUCAUUCCUGGAGGCUCUUCAACUCCCAUCAUUCCUAAAAGUAUAUGCGACAACGUGUUGAUGGAUUUUGAUGAUCUCAUAAAGGCACAGAGCGCCUUAGGCACAGCCGCGGUAAUCGUGAUGAAUAAGCAGACGGACGUAAUCAAAGCUAUCACUCGUUUGAUAAGUUUCUACAAGCACGAAUCGUGCGGUCAAUGCACACCUUGUCGGGAAGGUAUCAGCUGGAUGUUUAAAAUACUAAAAAGGUUCGUAGAAGGUAACGCCGAGGUGCACGAGAUAGACAUGCUAUGGGAGCUCACGAAACAAAUAGAACUGCACACAAUUUGUGCUUUGGCAGACGGUGCCUCAUGGCCCGUACAAGGUUUGAUCAGACACUUCAGGCCAGAGAUUGAGGCGCGCUUAAAACAACAGAAGUGUGCCGCGUCCAAUUGAUGAGCUAAACAAGAUAGAAACCGGAGAUUAAAAUAUAAUAGAGAAAAAAUAUAUAUUUAAAGCAAUCCCGGUAAGAUUUUAUAGAUUUAUUUUCAGUGUAUAUAAUUGAAAUUGCACGCGAUAGUCACGAUUCUCAUGUAAUGAUGUCUUUCGAACCCGGGCUGGUCGACUGGCCCGAUGGUUCGAUUAAUAAAAGAAACUUAAGAGAAAAAAA